GUUCAGCGUGUGUGUGUGUGUGUGUGUGUGUAUGUGUGUGUGUGUGUCCAGUCGAACGGAGGAUGGAGGACGAGCCGCGAGAGACCCUGGACUGACGGAGGAGGAGGGGGUCUUGCUUUUUACAUGGAACCUGUUUGCGUUUUCCUCCAAAGGUGGAUUUUAUACUGAAACACUACAUGACAAAAUGCCAUUUGCCAAGCGGAUCGUGGAGCCCCAGUGGCUGUGCAGACGCGCGGACGCGGAUGAGGAGGGUCUCCUGCGCCAGGACCUCUGCGCCUUCAGUAAUGUGGCCCUGUCCCGGACCCUGCGCCAGCUGUCGGAUCUGGCCAAACACGCCUGCUCGCUCUUCCACGAGCUGGAGCACGAGCUGCUCGCCACGAACCGGCGCGUCUGUGCGCUCCGGGAGAAGAUGAGCAGGAUCCAGGAGACCACCGGCGCGCUCGACCCCAAACAGGAGGCAGUGCCGUUAUCUAAUCUGGACAUUGAGAGCAAGCUGAGUGGACAUUAUCAGGCUCCAUGGCACCUGCAGAGAAAUGUGUUCCUGCCGUCGACUCGGCCCGCGUGUGUGGAAGAGCUGCAUCGAAAUGCCAAACAGAGCCUGCGGGCGCUGUACAGAGACCAGCAGCAGAGGCAGGAGGUCAGCGAGAGAGAGCGCAGGGUGACCAUUUCCAUCUCCAUGGCUCCGUCCAUGCCCACCUACCCUUCGCCCCGGGUGCACUGCAGACGCCAGCAGAGAGAGAGACACCUCACCACGGAAAGGACAGACAGAGACAUAGAAACUCAGACAACACAAGCACAGUUCCAAAGCACCCGGUCCUCCUCCCCUACUGAGUGUUGUCAUUUUUCCCCGUGGAGCAGAAAGGUUGCUCCUCCAGUGGAUUCAGAUUCAGAGGUGGUGGCUCUGGGCCACUGGCCGAGGUGCCCGAUCCCAAACGAGCCCUCAACGCUGGACAAACAGACCAACUGGGCUGGACUCUUACCACUGCCCACCCCAGAAGAGAAGAUGAAGACGGACUCUCAAGUCAUCACCUCAUGCAUCGUUCCCAUUAACGUAACAGAGGAGGGCGCCAACGCUACUUCCCCCUCAGCGAUAUCAGCUUUCCUAAGGGUUGGGUUCGACAGAGAGGCCAGUGUGCGCUGCUCACUAGUCCAUUCGCAAUCAGUGCUUCAACGGCGAAGGAAACUAAGGAGACGGAAAACGAUCACUGGCAUUCCCAGACGAGUGCAGCAGGAUUUUGAUUCUGACGAGUCUCCAGUGGCCAGAGAACGUACCGUGAUAGUCCACACCAACCCUGAAAUUUGCCAAGAGGAUCUCAUGCUCUCUCGUCUCAACACCAAGGACUCUGGUUGCCAGACAGAAGAAUUCCUGAUUGUUGGGGCUGCACCCUCACGUAGAUGGAUCAGAGCACAAAGGGGGCAGGGCGUGACUGUGUCACUGUCCCAUUCCACGGGCAACAUAUCUUCUCUGCCUGACAACUCUGACACAAUGUUCACUGCCUCAGUAGGCUCCCGUCUGCGUUCCCGAAGUCUCCCGCGUGAGGGAGGGCGACUGGUGGACGAAGGUCAUGAUGUCAGUGAUGAGGAUGAUGAGGAGGAAGAACUGUCCCCGUUUGAGUCAGAGGACUUCCUACCAGUCCCAGGGGAACAUAUUCUAAAAGAUGAUGAAGAAAGCACUGAUGACCAGGCAAUCCCAGAGGGCCAGCAUAACAGUUUGAAAUUCAAGCAGCAUGCUGGAUGUACAGAGCAUGACUGGAUGGAGAGGGGUCGAUCCCAUCUGCCUCGGAAAGCUGACAUGGGUAGCUGUGAGAUUUCUUCCAGUUCUGAUACGUUCAGUAGCCCCAUUCACUCCGUUUCCAAUGCUGGCGUGCUGACUAGCCAGAUGGACCACAAGGAGGAUCACCAGUCCUCAAGCGGCAAUUGGAGUGGCAGUAGUUCUACAUGUCCCUCCCAGACAUCAGAGACCAUUCCACCUGCAGCCUCACCCCCACUCACCGGAUCAUCCUACUGUGAUUCAGAACUAUCGUUGAAUGCAACUACCAAUACUAAUGAUGAUUCCACAGGCUUCAUUAUUGGUCCAUAUCCUGGAGACCGAUCACAAGGCCUUCGUAGCCAUAGGACAGGUUCAUUCACUUCCACUGCGACUGACAUGCUUGAUGAUGCGGGAGUCAGCACUGCUAGUGAGGGUGAGUGGAGCUAUCCACACUACAGGCACAACAUGUCUUGCCACCCCGACUUCAGUCAUGAGCACUCUAGGGCAGAGAAUAUCCUAGAAUGUCCCAGUUUUGCUAGCAUAGCCACUUUUGAAAGUUUAACAGAUAAGCCACCUUCUGAAAAGGCUGACACCACCUCACAUUUUUCUGUAGAUGCCGAGGGCUACUAUACCUCCAUGCACUUUGACUGUGGUCUUAAAGGUAGCAAAAGCUUCACGUUUAACUAUGCAUCUGUAGACCAGCAGCAGGCAGAAUAUGGACAUCAAACAAACACACUUGGUAGAUGUAGUCUCUCUCUAAGGAAACCAAAGGUCAAGCCAUUCCCACCAAAACGCAGCUCAUCCUUGAAGAAAAUAAGCAGCCAUGUUGGACCUCCAUCUGACAAGAACGAACCAAAGAUUGCUGGUGGUCAGAAAAAAUCUAUGUCUUCCGGUGAGAGAACACAGCAUGUGGGGUUAGACAGAGGCUCCUCGAGUCAGCUGGAGAGUGAGGAGCCACUGGGGGCUUGGGGUGUUGAGAGUUCUACAGAGAUUCCAGAAGUUGCUUUGUUUGGCUCCACAGAAACGCAUUCCUUCAAGGAUGAGGGAGCUGUCCAGUCAGACUAUGCAGAUCUCUGGCUUCUUAAUGACUUGAAAUCCAAUGAUCCUUACAGAUCGUUGUCAAUUCCCACAUCUGCCUCAACUAGACAAGGCCGGUCAAGGAUGCCACCAGCUGCAAAUAGCAGCCGCUACAGUACACGCAGUCGGCUGUACACUGCACCCAUGCAGGCCAUAUCAGAAGGGGAAACAGAAAACUCAGAUGGAAGCCCACACGAUGACCGUUUCUCCUGA